AAUAAAACUUCUAAAUAAUCGAUAGCAGUUCAAUUUCACAUAUCUUGUAUUACUCCUAAUAAUAAUAAUAAUAAGAUCUAAAACCCCUAUCUAACAAACAAACAGUAUCUAAUUAAGAUUAAUAGUAGUUAUGGAACCGAUCCUAGUAGUAAUAGUAGUUAGCUCUGUAAUGAUCGGAGGUCUGAUCGCAUUUUUAGCAUUUGGAAGUUACUUCCGCCACCGCAAAUCGGAAGUUGUUUCAAUCGCCGCCGCGCCAUCCAAUCUUAAGAAUUCUUCAAUUAAGCCUAAGAAAUCUCAGCCUAAAUCUCAUCAUCAUCAUCAUCAUCAUCCUGCUCCUGCUGCUGCUGAUAAGGAUUCGAACAAGCGCCACCACCCAUUAGACUUAAACACGUUGAAAGGUCAUGGAGAUUCGGUCAAUAGCCUAUGCUUCUCGUCGGAUGGACAUAGUUUGGCAACUGCUUGUGAUGAUGGUGUAGUUAGAGUAUUCAAGUUGGAUGAUGCUACAAGCAAAAGCUUCAAGUUUAUGAGAAUUAAUAUUCCUGCUGGAGGUCAUCCAACUGCAGUUGCAUUUGUUGACGAUGCUUCCUCAGUCGUUGUUGCUUCUCAAAACCUCACUGGAGCAUCUUUAUAUAUGUUUGGCGAAGACAACCCAAAAGGCGGUGAUAAUAGGCAACAUUUUAAGCCUGAACUCAAGUGGGAGGAACGUAAUGUUCACGAUAAAAAGUACAUCCUCACUUUAUUUGGUACAAAAGCAACCUAUGGGACUGCAGAUGGAAGUACAAUAAUUGCAUCAAGUUCAGAGGGUACUGAUAUCAAACUCUGGCAUGGAAAGUCUGGAAAGAUGUUGGGAAGUGUUGACACAAAUCAGCUUAAAAACAAUAUGGCCACCGUAUCUCCAAAUGGGCGUUUUAUUGCUGCAGCUGCUUUCACAGCUGAUGUCAAGGUCUGGGAAAUAGUGUAUUCAAAGGAUAGUUCGAUUAAAGAGGUUACAAAAGUUAUGCAACUGAAAGGCCAUAAGAGUGCCGUGACAUGGCUGAGCUUUACACCUAACUCUGAACAGAUCAUUACUGCAUCAAAGGAUGGCUCGAUAAGAGUGUGGAACAUUAAUGUUCGAUAUCAUCUUGACGAGGACCCUAAGACUUUGAAGGUGUUCCCGAUUCCGCUUCAUGAUGCAAAAGGCACUACAUUGCACUAUGAUCGUCUUAGUGUUUCUCCAGAUGGAAAGAUUUUGGCUGUUACUCAUGGUUCGAUACUACAAUGGCUAUCUGCUGAAACUGGAGAAGUAUUAGAAACAGCUGAUAAAGCACAUGACGAUGAUAUCACUGACGUUGCAUGGGCAGCUAAACCUAUUCCUGUGGGGGGCAAACAGAUGACUGUUUUAGCGACAUCAAGUGUCGACAAGAAAGUGAAGUUGUGGGCAGCACCAGCCAUCUGAUAAACCAUCAAAGCAGUCUGCAAAAGUAUACUCCUAUUACCAAUAGGCACAAAUGCUCUGUCCUGAAAGUUCUCAUCUUAUGUUUUCGGUUUUGGGAGGAGGGCUUCAGGCGAGAGAAACUACAUGCCUGAGAACAUGUAACCGUGACAGAGGUUUGGCAUGUAUGAUCACAAAAAUCAUCACUAGGUGCUCUGCCCUCUUGAACUACUGUUUCCAUUGGAGCAAAAGUUAUGCUAAAUAUACAUGAGCGUUUAAAGUAUGGAUAAUUUAUAUUGAGGAAAUUAUUAUUCAAAAGUGCCAUGUUUUGGAACAUAUUUUCCCAAUUUUUUUCUUAAAUUUCAAAACCUAGUGCUGUUUCUGGUA